AUGGAUUUCAAUGUUGAAUUGAAUUUAGAACCUGAAACAUCAAUGGAUUAUGCUUUGUAUGAUUGUUUACCUCCGGAAUUAGUAGUUAGAAUCGACAGUUAUUUAUCCUUCGAGGAUAGUCUACAGUUUCAGGAAUGUUCAAAUUAUAUCAAAUCCGUACUGUGUUCCAACUGGUAUCAAUAUGAUAAAGUCCAGAUAAGCGAUGACCCUCUCGAUUGUUAUAUUAUUAGUACUAAGGGCCGUGCACCUAAACGAAGUUUUUUGGAAGACAAUUUGCAUACAGUUUUUAUAAUAUGUAAUAAAAUUGUGGAAGUGAUGAUGAUUAUGAAAGAUAUCGGAUCAUUACAAAGGUGUAAUCCUGAUGUGCCACCACAAUCACUGAAAGACACAUCACUGUAUCAGGCAAAUGGUUAUCUAGGAUAUCUGUUCUCGAAAACACCUCAACAAAUGAUAACUCAACUUAAGACUGUUUCAUUGCAUGUUGAUAUCAUGCGUGAGAGUCUGCGACAGUUGUGCUUUCCAUGUCCAACUCAAGAUCUUUUCUAUUCCAUUCAUCACCUGGCCGAUUCUCAUUUCGAAACUUUCACUCAGAUUUCAUUUUGUUCAGCAACAAUACAACCUGAAGACUAUCAUCUCAGAAUUAUGUUGCUGAAUGGUAUGGAAAUGACACUGAAAAAUAUUGCCAAAUAUUGUGCAAAAACCGAUUUCACUGUUGAUGCAGCAGAAGGUUAUGCUGAUAUGACAGUGGAAAAAGGGAAAAUGGAAUAUUCCUUUGCAUUCUUCUAUUUUAAUCCUCACAUUUGUGGGACAGAGUCACAAUCAGUAGUUGAAAGAAUGGACCAAACUGAUGAACAGCUGCUGAAGUCGCCUUUUGUUGGUGGAAAAUUAAUUAGUAGUAAUGAUAGGAAUGAUAGCGGUGAUAACGACAGAAACAAUAGUAAUGGUGGUAGUAUUAUUCAUAGUAGUAGUGCUUUAACCUGUAUGAGUACUCAAAAUCAAAUUCAUUGCCAAAGUGAUUUGCAAACCUCAGAAGGUAUGUACACGUCUUUUUGGAGGAAUUUAAUGAAAACUCAUUAA